AUGUACUCUGAGAAACGUUUGAAGCAGGUGGCCAAGGAUGCCGCAGAUGCAUCUGAUACGGACAGUCUCUUGAGCCUUGACCAAUCACAAGAGAAGCUGAUCCUUUUAAUAGCAAUUUUGCUAUUGACAUGGGGUGCCAAACUGAGGGCAACUGGAUGCGCAUGCGAAAUUGGCGCCGUGUACUCUCCGGCGAAAGAGGCAAUCGAAUACCAGAAGCAAAUAAUAGACCACAAAGUCUUCGAGGCGAGCAAGUUCCGAGGCAUGCCGCGCCCGGAAGUGGAUGAUGCUUGGGAAGAUUUGUUGCGAUACAACGACAUUCGCGUGCAGAAAGAGGACCUCGAAAAGGCAAACAUCACCUCCGUGCCGCUCAACGACAAACAGGGCGGCUAUUUCGUGACCCUCGACGUCUACCAUACCCUCCAUUGUGUCAACCACGUUCGCAAAUCCUACUACGCCGACUACUACCAGAACCCCAACCCCGUCGCCCAACAGCGGGAGCACUUUGACCACUGCAUCGACCUGCUGCGACAGACUCUCAUGUGUCACGGAGACAUUUCUCUGCAUCCGUUUGAGUGGAUAGAUGAUUAUCGCUUCCCGUGGCCGACGGAGCGGACUGAGCAUCAGUGCCGCAGCUGGGACAAGCUGGUUGCGUGGUCCAAGGCGCAUUCCAUCCCCGACUUGGAGGGCCCGAUACUCACACAUCCGAUAUUGGGAACCUCGUAUCGCGGUAAUGAGCCCGGAAUACAAAUCAACCAUUUACUGGAAACCGUAGUCUGGUGGAGGCAGCACAUUGCAAGUUUCCUUUAUAGACCAAUCUGGAGGCCCGAGAUUACAACCAUCUGUCUCGACAAUAAAAACUUGAUUGCCCAGAUCUACUUGCAACCAAGUUGCGGCAUUUCAUUGUUUCAUGGUCUAACGGUUAUGACUGCGGAUUCUGAUUCCGCCAGCGAGGGUUCGACUCCCUCUGAGACCUUUCUUUUUGCCGAGUCCUAG